UCCGGAUUUCGAAUGGGCAAUAAUAACAAUAACAGCUGAUUUUGUCUUUUUGCCAAAUCUAGACUGAUUGAUAGUGGUAAUGCAGUCACAAAAUGGUAUUAAUAAAAUGAGACGUUAUUGAUUUCUGGAAGUUUGCGACUCUCCUUUUCACAACAUGGGCUGUUGUACAUCUCAGCUUGCCUGCUGUUGUGGGCCUGCGUCAUGUGCACUGUGUUGUGGCUGUUUACCAACAAUCAACGAGUCCACUGGAACUCGCCUGAUGUAUUCGCUACUACUGACCUUCAUCUUUCUGAUACAGUGUGUGAUGCAAGCUGCAGAUUUGCAAAAGCUUAUAGAGGAGCAUGUUGUGAAGAUCUCAGAUUCCAUCUCCAGUUUAUGUGUGAGAGCUAAAGACGACGGAGGAUGUGCUCAGCUGGUUGGUUAUAAAGCUGUGUACAGACUUGGACUCGCUGUCACAACCUUUUUUUUCCUGCUCAUGGUCUUGACUGUUUUUGUGCCAUCAAGCAAUCAUUGGAGAGCCAGUAUUCAGAAUGGUUAUUGGUUAUUCAAGUUUCUAGUCCUGUGUGGCUUGUGUGCAGGAGCAUUUUAUGUCCCAUCAGAGUUUAGUAUAUACUGGAUGUAUGUAGGUUUGGUAGGUGGCGCUCUCUUCAUUGUUCUACAGCUGAUUAUGCUGGUGGACUUUACUCAUUCAUGGAAUGCUUCAUGGGUUGGGCGCACUAGAGGAAGGACAAAUACAUGUGGUAUUAUUGGCACAGUUGUAGUAGCACUGGUGCUGUUUGCCGCGGCAAUCACGGGGAUGGUGUUUUUGUUUAUUCUCUUUGGUAGAGAGGGUUGCACAAACAACCACCUGUUCCUGGGCCUCAACACAGGGCUCUGCUGUCUACUCACCUUCUUGACCAUCUUACCCUGCACCAACAAACGGAACCCAAAUGCAGGAUUACUGCAGGCUUCUGUCAUCUGUGUUUAUGUUGUUUACCUGACCUGGUCAGGCAUGACCAGUGAACCAGAAGAAGAAAUAAAGAGCCUCUUGGAUACAUUGAGAGAGAAAACUUUUUCCUUUAUGUCUGAGGAUGCUAAACCAACUCCCAGCAACAUUCCCACAACCACCCUCAGCAUGAAGUUUGUCCUGCCAGCAAAUGUGACAGCUAAAUGUCGUCCUGACCCAGCAUUUCCUGGAAGUGACAGAAUAGCUGGCUAUGCAGGACUUGUAUUCAUGUUUAUAAUGGCUGUGUAUGGAAGUCUUAGAACAUCCCAUGAUGCUCAUAAACUAGGAGUUAGAACUGAAGGGAAAUCAUGCUUUUGUUGUUUGAUUACCAAGAGAGACAACCCAUCUUUACUAGGUGGUCAGAAGGUCAUUCAGAAUGAGGCAAAUGGUGUUGUGUACUCCUACUCCUUCUUUCAUUUAGUCUUUUGCCUGGCAGCUCUACACAUCAUGAUGCAACUCACUAACUGGUACAGACCUUCUGAUUCUGACCUCAACAACUUUGGACGCAACUGGGCAGCAGUAUGGAUCAAAAUUGGGUCAAGUUGGUUCUGUGUCUUGAUUUACAUUUGGAGUCUGUUUUUCCCAAAGCUCUGCUUGGGUAGAAAUUUAUCUUUCCCCUACAAACCAAAAGAUCGGGCUAUUGAUGAAGAGGAUGGUGUGGACGCAGCACAUUUAAGUAUGGUAGACAUUGACCACCCACCUAAGAGGAUUAGAACAAUAUCAGAACAGUCACACAUCAGUCAAGAAUUUGCUGGAUCUGAUCACAAACUGGCAAAAAGAUCCAGAGAAAAUAUAAAGAACUUGAAAAGUUCCCAUGAAAAUCUUGGAGGGUCUCAUGGGAACUUGUCGCGCUAUGUUUUAACUAAAGGAUCUCAUGAAAAUCUGAGGGUGUCUAAAACACCAUCAAGAGAAAAUUUGAGGAAUGCAAGAACACCAUCCCGGGAACAUUUACAAAAGAUGUAUGAUCCCAGAGAAAAACAGGAUGAGGAUGCAGCUAAAAGGCUUACAGGAAGUGCCAAGCAGCUUGUGCAAAACAAAAAAUUGAAUUUAGAAACAAAACAAAAAUCAAGCUCCCAGUCAUCUCUGUCUGGCACCUCUGGAAUCAAACCAGCAGAAAGAUCAAAAUCACCCAAGAAAGAUGUGCACAGAUCUAGCAUAAUUUAGUUCUCAAAUAGUUUUUUUUAUUAUUUGUUUACAUUAAUCUCUGUAUGUAAUUGAAUCUCAUCCUCAAAACAAAUUGUAAAAAUAAUAAUCCAUUCUAUAAAGUUUCGUGUGGGCAGUAUUAAGUUAUUAACCACAUUUCUUUAGUGUUAAUAAUUGUUAGUGUUAAAUGUUUUUUUCCUUGUGAGUUUGUAUAUUAUGUUUUGGUAUGCACAUACUGUUAUUUGCUCAUUGUUAAUGUAUGCAACUCUUUGUUAUGAAAGAGCAAUAUAUUUUCUUUUUUGACCAAACCUUUUUCCAGUCCCGCAGCACAUAGCCCAGAAUUUUGGGCCUUUUUGUGAUUCCACCCUCAAGUGAUGACAUAGCUUAGCUGAUUACAUAGCUAAUGAAAGAUCUCAUUUGUUUCCUUUGUUGUUGACAUUUCUUGUUUAGUGGUAAAGUUUUACAAAGAUGGUGAACUCUUUAAGCCACCAGCCAGGAGUAAGACUCCUAAGUAACUUUAGCUCAUAACCUUUCAAUUCACUUCAAACAAAAAACUCAGGCAAUCUUGUAACAUUGAAUUAACUGUUGAUUAUUUUGUUGCAGUCUCUGUUGUUUGUUUGAUGCUGACUUACACUUUUCCCUAAUGAGUCAUAUUCAUAUUUUUAAUGUUUCACAUUUUUACUUCAUGUGAUAAAUGUUUCAACUUUUAAUUUGUGCCAUGUGAUUACUGGAGUGAUCAAAAUUACGUCAAUAAGUGGUUAGUUAAUUACAAUCCAUAAUUUCUUUAACUCAGUAUGUGUUCUUGAACAGAACUUAAUAGCUCAUCUCUAUAAUAUAACCAAGAAAUCAACUGGUUGUUGCUUGAUGAGCCUGUCUAGUCAAUUGUUACAAGAUCUUCCCCAUUCUAUAUCCAGUCAUUAAAAAUGUCUCCUUAAAAAUUUUUGACUAAAUGUGCCAUAAUUUUUCUCAAUGAUGAAAUACUGUAAAGCAUUAUCAAGGACAUCUUCUACUUUAACUUUUCUGAGUUGAACAAAAGCAUUAUGUAAAUAAUAAAAUAAAUAGAAUGAAGAUGAAAUUUAAAACAAAAAAUGUUAGCCUAAAACUUAACAUCAGAAUACAUAUAUUGAUUUCUCUAACAUGUUUUGUUUCUCGAAGUUAAGUCCCCAACACAGACUAUACUGUACUUGCAUUUAGAGAAAAUAAUUUUUAUUUUCUUUAAUUCUGUGCCUAACCCAGUUUUACAUCUUUUAUAUUCUUAUUAUAUCAGUUUUUUAAAUACAUUUUUAUGAAAGCAUGUUUGUCAAACAGACUUUAGAUGCAUAUUGAAUACAAUUUUUAUUUUAGUAAGUGUAGGCCAGUGAAUGAUUGUACUUAUGUAAGGACAUUUGUAUUUAUUUACCACUGCCUUUUUAAAACCAUAUUUACUAGGAAUUUUUUUAUUGUAUUUAAUUGACCAUAUAAAUAUGAUAAACACCCCGACCUUUUAUCUCAGUGUAUAAAGACAGCUAAUUCCACUUUAUUGGGCAUUAUUCUUGACUGAUGUGUGACUGUUCUGAUAUAUUGUAUAUAUCAGUGUGGGAGAUUAAGUUCUGAUCCUCAGACCUAAACGGCAAAAUAAAUUAUCCUUUUUUUUGGAACGGGCCAUCAGGGGCGGAUUUAGUUUGAGCAGGGCCCCUGGCUGAAAAAUAUAAGCCGGCUU